AUGUCCCCACCAUCAACGUCUCGCUCGCUCGAUACUCGCCCUGUACUCGGAAAAAGGCAGUCGCCCUCUCUCGGCGCCUUCCCGCCGCAUCGUCCUGCCUCGCUUCACGCAACGUUCCGCGUUCUCGGAUCGUGGUUCCCGCCCGCUUCAUCUGUUCGGGCGCCCACAAUGCCCGACGUGGCGGUUACCAUCCAGGUACCGGAGCGGAACCCGGCACGUUCACGCGUCGUCUCCAUUCCACCGUGUCACUCGACGCGUGCAUGGGUGCUCUCGUCGUGUCUUGCAUUGCCAUACGCGUCCUGUGUGCACCUCAGUCAUUUCCGCGACGCCGUCAUUCGCCAGGAGGACGCAUUCGAAACACUCCAAGAGCGUCGAUCGAUCGAGGCUCCCCAAGGUUGGAGCUCCGCAUCAACUUCGAUCAUGGCCCGACAUACUGGCUCUCUUCUUCCAUUGGCUCCCCUCGAUGAAACUGUACUCAACGCCGCCAGAAGUGCCAAGGAUUGUUUUUCCACCAGAAAGCCCGCAUCUUCUGUGCUGAGAGCGGCGUUGUCACAGGUCAAUGGGUUGCCGCUUGCGGCAGGGGGGAGUGCAAAUAUUUUGAGCCUUUUUACAUCAAACUGGGGCACCCGAUCCGUCGCUACGACCGUCGUCGUAAGUCCGUGA